AUGCCUUGUAAAGCAGAGGGCCUCGUCCUCACCGUGGACCCCAAUCUUAUCCACAAGGUUGACACCAACAAUGCCGAGAACCUCUUCAGCAUGUGGACCGUCUUCUCCAGAUGUGCCGACUCCGUAGAGCAGGGCCGGAGGUUAGAGAACCUCAGCUGGCGGCUGUGGAAUAGGGAGACCUUCUGCUGCGAGACCUCAAAGGCCGAGUCGUCUCCCAUGUCGAUCGCCAGGCAUAGCCCACUCUCCAAGAUCACCGACAUGCCUCCAUUGUCCGCCAGCCUCGAGUCGUCAAACAGCGAAGACGCCAUUGAGGACCUGGUCGACGAGGCCGAGCCUCAUCUGCACAUCCGCCCACACGUCGUCCGGCAAGACUCUUGCUCAAGCAACAGGAGCCGGGGCCGUGAGCCUCACAUUACGUCCGACCGUCUCGAGCAGAUGGUUGUCCACAUUGUCAACGGCAAGGAGAACAAACUUGCGCCUCUCCCGCAACAUGUCCAGGCCUCGAUCCCGACUCCCAAGGUCGUUGUCGACAGCCCCCCACCCCGGCCUGCUUCACCUCUGCAGCGGCAGCCAUCGUCGGCUUCCGACUCCCAGAACACUGCUUCUGACGUCAUGCCGCAAUCACAAUCGACAUCGUCGCCAGUGAGCGAGACCGUCGGUACGCCUGCGAAGACUACCGUGCGCGGCUUCUUCCCGGCUUCGUUACCAGUUAGAAGUGCACCUCAACCCACGGAGCCCAAGGUUUCUCAGCCCGAGGUCAUCCCAGCACCUGAUGCCCAGCCGCCUGCGAAGCAUGUCCAGCAGAAGGGCAAGAAGGCCGGUUUCUUCAUCGGCACGGACUCUGACUCGUCACCACAGAGCAUGGAAAACGACUACGACAUGCCGGCUCCCAAGACCAGUGCCCCUGCGCCGCGUGGAUCCUCAUCCGACGGACAGAGCCCAUCUCUCAAGAGCGCCUUGGCGCGCCCUCACCUGGGUGCCCAGAAGAAGACCGCCUCCUUUGCCAACAUUGUUGCGACCCAUCGUGCCAGCCAGCAGGCCAUCAGUGACCAAUCGGAUGACUAUGAUGAGAGCGCCAUCGACGAUGACGACUCGGACUCGGAGUGGGAGGACUCGAUCGAGGAGAGUGGCAAGUCUAGCCUGGACGACCAGGUGACAUUCAAGCGUGUACCUUCCAAGUCCAACUUGACGUCUCAGCGAUCCCUCAUCAGCCUCAUGUUCGCGGGACAGGAUCAACGCACAAAGGCACUCAGCAGCCAUGCGUCCCAGUCGACACCUGCGAUACCCCAGCGCUCGCGGACCAUGCAGAACAUGUCGACCAUGGCUAACUCCCCCAACGACUCGGACGAAGGUCUCCAGAUGAAGAAGGGCAUGCGCCCGCCUCAGCUGAAGCCCAUCAACGAGAUCCCACGAUCCACUGCACAGCCCAUCACGGCCCAUGCGCAACCCAUUCGCCACCAGGCCGCCCUCUCUCCUCGCACCACACGCCGCAACAUGCUGGCGACUGAGCUCACGGAGUCCCUUCGCCGCCAGCUCCUGUGGGAGAGACAGCAGAAGACCUCGACUGCGAAUGCUGUGCUCAAGAGGCGACACACCUCGCACGAUGUUGCCAACCUGAAGCAGUACCCGGAGAAGGUACACAUGAACAAGGCGGCUGACGAGCCUUCGACGAGCUGGAACCAGUAUUUCAACCGCGACACUCAGGGCGGCUACCACGCUCAAGGCUGGUAG